CUCUGUGGGACAAUCAAGCAAUCAACGAAAAAAAACGAAAGCAAACGGAGUAUCGUUUUGUUAUCAGUUUCCAACACAAAUACUUAUGGCUUAUUUGUCAGGCGUCUCGUUAGCACUACGGCAUCUUUCCAAAACUGUUAGAAACAUGAGUGCAAGUUUGAGUAGCUAUGCAAUACAAUAUAAAGAACUGGGUGAUCCAAAUAUUGUACUUGAGAAAGUGGAGCAUGAAGUUUAUGAAAGUUUGCAGUCGAAUGAAAUUUUAAUUAAAAUGCUUGCAUCGCCAAUUAAUCCAGCUGAUAUUAAUAUGAUUCAAGGUAAAUAUGGCAAGAAACCCAAAUUGCCAGCUAUUGGAGGAUAUGAAGGAGUAGCUAAAGUUAUUAAGGUAGGCUCUUCAAUUAAAAACCUUCAAGUUGGUUCUUGGGUUAUUCCUGUUGCAGAUAAUGAAGGUAUUUGGAAACAUUAUGGUGUAUAUACUGAAGAUUUACUGAUAAAGAUUGAUGAAACCCUGCCUUUAAAUUCUGCAGCAACUCUUUGGGUCAAUCCUCCAACAGCCUACAGGAUGUUGAAAGAUUUUGAAGAUUUAAAGGAGGGCAGUACAGUUAUUCAAAAUGGAGCUAACAGUGCUGUUGGUCAAGCUGUGAUACAGAUAGCAAAGCAUUUCAAAAUAAAUACUAUUAAUGUUAUCAGAGAUCGUCCUAAUGUUGAAUCCUUAAAGUCUUAUUUAACAGAUUUGGGAGCUACACAUGUAGUUGUAGAAAAUGAGUUACGGAGUCCUAUUAUGGCUGAUAUCUUUAAGAACAUUCCAAAACCUGUCUUGGGUUUAAAUUGUGUUGGGGGUAAAAGUGCAGCUGAACUAAUUAGACACAUGACAGAUGGUGGAACUCUUGUUAGCUAUGGUGCCAUGUCAAAGCAACCUUUAAUGAUUAAUACUGGCAGUCUUAUCUUUAAUGACAUAAGACUCCGGGGCUUUUGGAUGACAAAGUGGAAAGAUGUUCACUCAAAAGAGGAAGCAGAGCAAAUGAUUAAUGAAAUUACAAAUAUUGUAAAAAAAGGACAAUUAAAACCACCAACACAUCGUUUUGUAAAAUUCGACAAUUUCAAGGAAGCUGUUGCAAAAGCAAUGGAGCCUUUUGUUACUGAAAAACAAAUUUUGUCAAUGGAAUAGAAAAUUUCUUUUGUACAAAAUAUUUUUACAUGGAAGUUUGUGUGCUCAGUAUAAUAUAUUUUUUACUUUAAAAAUAAAUAUAUUUAUAGAUUAUGAUAUUAAGAUCUAAUAAAGUUCCUAAUUUUGAUAAAUAUA